GGUUUUAGGAAAGAGGGCGGAGACUGUUUGGGGUCAGCCGCGAGAUUGUUUUGUCAAGAGAUGCGAGAGGACGGUCCCAACUCCACCGGGGGACUGUCUGGACUCAUGUACACCGCCUUUGCAGGAUAUGAGAUAGCUGGCCAGCGCACCGAUGUGCAAGCCACAGCAGAAUGAGCCUCGCCGCGAUAUGGACGUGCCAGUAGCGGCCGGGGACUGAGGCGGGGGAGGAAGCUCUCGUGUUCCCAGCGCCAGUAUCACCAUGAAAGUGGUGCUCCUGGCCUUACGACUCAUGUGUUUUGCUUGCUUGUGGCCUGUAACGCAGCCAAACAGCAGCCACUUCCACAACAAGAGGAGACACAAGGAGCUCGACCUGGGAGACACCAACAAACAAAAACAUGGCGGACGAGUGGACCUCAAGAUGAAAAAGCUCGACAGCACAAAAUCUUUGCUAAUUAAAUCGGAACAGCUGCUUCGAAUCGAGGACCACGACUUUGCGAUGCGGCCAGGCUUCGGAGGCUCGGCUAUCCCUGUUGGCAUUGACGUGCAGGUGGAAAGUGUUGACAGCAUAAGUGAAGUAAACAUGGAUUUCACCAUGACUUUGUACCUGAGGCAUUACUGGCAGGACGACCGACUGGCCUUUCCCUCCAGCAGUAACAAAAGUCGAACCUUCGACUCGCGUCUCGUGAAGAAGAUCUGGGUGCCUGACGUGUUCUUUGUCCACUCCAAGCGCUCUUUCAUCCAUGACACAACCAUGGAGAACAUCAUGUUGAGGGUUUUUCCCGAUGGCAACAUUCUCUACAGCGUCCGGAUUACCGUGACAGCACUUUGUGCGAUGGACUUCAGCAGUUUCCCACUGGACACACAAAACUGCUCUCUGGAGCUGGAGAGCUAUGCAUACAAUGAAAACGACCUCAUGCUCUACUGGAAGAACGGGAAUGAUUCAUUAAGGACUGAUGAGAUUGUGCUCUCUCAGUUUUUUGUUGAAGACUUCCAGCCUUCCUUUGGGCUCGCCUUUUACAGCAGUACCGGUUGGUACAAUCGCCUCUACAUUAAUUUCAUUCUAAGGAGGCACAUCUUCUUCUUCAUGCUACAGACGUAUUUUCCCACCAUGCUGAUGGUAAUGCUUUCCUGGGUGUCUUUCUGGAUAGACAGGAGAGCCGUGCCCGCCAGAGUCUCCUUGGGCAUCACCACUGUGUUAACCAUGUCCACCAUCAUCACCGGCGUCUCCUCCUCAAUGCCUCAAGUGUCUUACGUGAAAGCUGUGGACAUCUACUUGUGGGCCAGCUUCCUCUUCGUCUUUCUAUCCGUGAUCGAGUACGCAGCUGUCAACUAUUUCACCACGGUGGAGGAAAUGAAGAAGCUCAAAAGGGCAAAGAUCCCGGCAUCAUACAACGCAACGCAGGCUAUGGCUUUUGACGGCUGUUUCCAUGACAACGAUAUUGACCUGACCCCUUUCCCCGAGGUUUCCAGCACGCCAAACACGGAGAGGAACACGCAGUCACGAAACUCGACCGUGUCGACGCCCGCAGAGGGCACACGGCUACGCCGCAGGAAUCCUAUCAAACACAACCUCAGCUUCAUCAUGAGCAACAGUUACAUGAUUGACUCCUACUCCAGAGUUUUAUUCCCUCUGGCCUACCUGCUCUUCAAUGUCAUUUACUGGAGUUUGUACGCGUAAAGCGCUCACCUUGCAGCAAAAUCAGCUUGGGGGGAGGACAAUUUUGUCUUUUGUCCUUUUUUGUUUCACAAAGCUUUCGGAUCAGAGGAUUAUCUCAAUCUCGGGAUUGUUUAGUAUUCUUAUAUGCCACAGAGUAAAAUGCAUAAUUAUUGUAAAUUAUAUGUAAAAAAAAGAAAUAAAUAUGUGCCGUGUUAUCAAUUGGAUUUUUGUUUUGUCCUACCAGGAGUCCUUGGCUAAUGACGGUCAUAACAUACAAUAUUUUAAGUUAAUACUUGCCACAAAUUCUCUGCACAUGUUAAUAAAAUGCGUGACACUUACCUGCAUGGAUUUACACCUGCCAGUUGCCAACAUGUAAUGGAAUAUUCAAUAUGUGAUAAAAGCAUUGAAUGCAAAAACAUUCUUGCAACCCCAAGUGUAAUGAAAGGUCGUACUGUCAUUUUUUAAAGGGUACAACGGAUAGAAAAUCAUGUAAUUCCAAAAAGAUUUUUUUGAGUUAUAAUAAUUUGAUACUAAAACCCCUCUUAAUGUCUUUGUUUUAAUUUGUAAAAUUACCAUAUUGGCCCGAAUAUAAUACAGUGUUUUUUGCAUUGAAUUAAGAAUGAAAAAGAGAGGGUCAUCUUAUAUUCACGGUCUAGACAUUAUACCCAUUUACGACGCUAGAUGGCGCCAGAUAUCAUUGAAUCGAUGUUCUGUCAUGACAGAUCUCAGCUACUCUCAAGUUGAACCAGUUUGCAUUAUUCUAUUGCAAUGUUUUUCCUUAUUCAGAUUUGUUUCAAGACUACAGUUACAUUUAGACUUCACUUUAUGGUUGAUGCAGUUAUUGCAAUUUUGUUGCUAUAUCACAAUAGAUUGGUUUAUUUUAGGGCUGUCAAAAUUAUCGCGUUAACGGGCGUUAAUUAUUUUUUUAAAUUAAUCACGUUAAAAUAUUUGACGCAAUUAACGCAUGCACUGAAUGAGGCGCUCUCGCAUUGCCUCAAACAGAUUUCAAUGACGCCGUUUAUGGACAUUAAGAGUGAAGAGAAUGCUACCGGCCGCUUGGGGGCAGCGCAGCGCCGUUUCAUACUAAUGUUAUUCCUUCUAAUAGUGGCAGAAUUAGUAGUUGUGAGACGUUUAUGCUGUUGCUUUGUGCUCCACACAUAUUUCGGUAAGUUUGCUUUCUUUUAGUGGCAAUUAUGUGUCUCUUGUUGUAUUUAGGGUAAGAUAUGCACAGAGAUAUAUCUGUUAUAAAGGCGAGUUGACACAGGCGUUCUUUGGACUGCGCCGUUUAAUGGCAUAAGCUUCUGCAACUCCUUCAAAACAAACAGAAGUAUCAUUUAGUGAAAGCACAACAAAAAUAAUAUUGCUAUCUCUCAAAAAAAAAUAAUGUUCACAAAAAGAAAAGCACUUCAGUCUAGUAAUGAGGCCCUAUUCUCACACAGCGAAACAGCAAUGCAAAGUGAACUGGCAUUACUCAGAGUUUGGUCACUCAAUUCUUAUUAUUGUUAUUCUUCUUCUUAUUAUUAUUAUUAUAUUCUACUUUUGAUUGAAAAUUGUACAAAUUUUAUUAAAACGAAAAUAUGAAGAGGGGUUUUAAUAUAAAAUUACUAUAACUUGUAACUAUAACAUUUAUCUUUUAUGAACUACAAGUCUUACUAUCCAUGGAUCACUUAAACAGAAAGAAUGUUAAUAAUGCCAUUUGUGGAUUUAUUGUUAUAAUAAACAAAUACAGCACUUAUGUACAGUAUGUUGUAUGUAUAUAUCCGUCUUGUGUCUUAUCUUUCCAUUCCAACAAUAAUUUACAAAAAAAUAUGGCAUACUUUAGAGAUGGUUUGAAUUGCGAUUAAUUGCGAUUAAUUACGAUUAAUUAAUUUUUAAGCUGUAAUUAACUCGAUUAAAAAUUUUAAUCGUUUGACAGCCCUAGUUUAUAUACAUUUCAAAAACCAGAAGCCAUUCAUUUACGAAUGUGAUUGCACUUUAGUUUACAUAUUUAUAUGUUCAUAUAUUGAGAUUUGAAUGAGGCAAAAUAACAUGCUUUUUCUGUCAAAUAUAUUGUUAUAAUCAUUUGUUUCAGAUGUACUGUAAUUAUUUUCUGUAUAAAAAUGAAUUUGGUGUUCAAAAAGUCUUUUUUCAAACUUGAGUCUUGAAAAAGAGGGGGUCUUCUUAAAAUCAGGGCUGUCUUAUAUUCGGGCGAAUACGGUAGUUUAAAUAAGAGGUCGCCAUUGUUGUUGAUGACGCAAUGCACUCUGGGCAGUGACAAACUAGGCGGAGCUGCCGGGCUACCACAGUAUCACUCUUUGGCUACAUAAACAUGCUGUCGUGAGCAGGACAGCACUGUCGAUAUUCCACAAAACGAGCAGCAAAAGCAAUUAAAUGAAGGUCUUCAUGGGAAUUCCAACUCGCGUUUCCCAUGGGACAGAGGAGCGUGUACACCACAGAGCUAUACUUCCGCGUGACGUUAGAGUCAUGAUUUUCCUUAUAUGCAAUUGCUUUAAUUGCAACCCACAUGCGUUGUCUGUCUCUGUGCAGUAAAACCUGAAAGGGAAACGCAACUGAAAAGAAAGUGCGGCUGGCUUGACCAUGGAAUUAGAAAACGCGGCUCACUUCAGACAGCAAGCGGACAACUACAACAUAGGGAAUGCGUCAAAGGGUUUAUUGAACACAAAAAAAAAACGCAAUCGUGAAAAGGGAGACACAAAAAGGGUUCGGGAUAAAAGGUCGGGAUCAAUAAAAGAAAAAAAACAAGGGAAAACCACGGUGAGAGGCAGACAAACAGAAAAAAUGAUGCAACUAGCAACGAACGUAUAUACAAACUGUGAAAUGGCAGCAAAUCCAGGGGUGAAAGUGGGCCAGAACGGUCAGGAACGCAGUUCCAGUAUAAGAUUCAGGGCCGGAACGCAGUUCUGGUUUAAGAUUCAGGGCCAGAAUGCUGUUCCGGUACACAGCGCUUUGAUUCCAAAAAUAUGACAGCAACUCUCAAAACUCUAUGGGGAAAAAAAAAAUAAAAAAAUGCUAAA